AUGGCUAGUACGCUCUUCUUGGUGUUUCUUGGACUAGGCGUGUUUUUUGUGGCUCUCACCCUCUAUCUUCGGCGCAUUAACAGGUUGCUGAAAGAGACGCCCCAUCAGGUUGGACAACUAAGGGGCAAGCCUUGGACCCCAGAAUUACUGAGACAAACCUACGAAGCCCUCGAAAAAUCUCCAAUAAACUUUGAUGGGCUAUUACCUCCCAAACUUGACAGAAGAUACAUUGUCACGGGAGGUAAUGGACUUGUCGGUGGAUACAUAGUUCUCCAGUUAUUGGCUCGUGGGACGCCGCCUAGGUGCAUCCGAAUUGUCGAUGUCCGAGAGACUGAGCGAGAUGAUCUUCGGCAAGGUCUAGCCGCCCAAGUGGACUUUGUGCAGACAGACAUUACCUCCAAGGCUGCUGUGGGCGAUGCCUUUUCUAAGCCGUGGGAUCCGAAGAUAGCAUCUUUACCACUCACUGUCUUCCAUACAGCUGCUAUCAUCAUACCCGGAGCCAGGUCCAAGUAUCUCUACAAGUUCACCGAAGCCGUCAAUGUACAGGGAACCAAGAAUGUAUUGGCUGCUUCUCGUGCAGUUGGCGCCGAUAUCUUCAGCUCAACAUCGUCAGCUUCGAUAUCCAUCCGACCCGUCGAAGCCUUUGUAGCACCAUGGGCAGAGCCGAAGCACUAUUGGCAGGUCAUAGACACCCAGGACUUCGAUAAGCCAUUGCGAGAACACGAGGGAUACUUUGCCAACUACGCUGUUUCGAAGGCCAUUGCAGAACGUCUUGUAUGUGCCGAAAAUGGACCGUCUUUUCGCACAGGAUGUAUUCGACCUGGGAAUGGUAUCUAUGGUCAUCCCUCGGAUAAUCUCAUCGGCAAUCUUCUGGCUAGAGAUGUAAAUCAAACUUGGAUCCCGCACAUAGUACAGAAUUUCGUUCAUGGCGCUAACGUAGCCGUCGCGCAUCUAUACCAUGAAGCUGCACUAGAAAAAGAAGAUUGCACUCAAGCUGGUAAGCCAUUUGUGGUCACGGAUGAUGGUCCGCCAAUCGCUUUCGGAGACGUUUAUUCCGCCGUGGAAGUCUUAUCUAUGCACCCUUUUCAAAAUGUCAUCGUACCACCAUUAGUCAUCCUUUUAAUGACACACAUUGUCGAAUGGUUCAUCUUACUUCCUCAUCGCCUUCCAUUCCUCAAAGGGGUACUCCCGGAGGUUAAAGGCGAUCUCAGAACACUUCAGCCUGGGCUCAUCACCAUCUGCACUCAUUUGGUAGCAUCUGAUGCUGAGGCUAGGAAGCCUGUCUCCGAAGGCGGGUUGGGUUACAAAGGGCUUCUCACGACACUAAAGGGGGUUGUAUCAGUCAUUGUGGACUGGAACCAUGAUCAUGCAGCUGAACAGACCAGAGAAGGAAAGAAGAUAUAUCAAGGUUCAUUACGACUGGCCGAGAUGUUAGAAGAGGCUGGAUCGUCUACUCCUCUUUAG